UUACCCGAAGCUGUUCCGAGCGGCUGAUACGAAGAAGCGUGGAGUGCUUGGCGCUCAGGAGGCAGCACAGUUUUUAUCAUCAUCGAAGUUGCCUCGGAAAACACUACAUGAUAUAUGGUGUUUGGCGGAUAGUGAUAAUAAGGGCAAUCUAACUAUUGAUGAGUACAGGCUC